CUUUUCGACCCCGAGUAAGGUAGUGUGUUGAUCCUUCCCCGGACGCCACCGCCAAGCUACAGGGUUGCAAUCCCACGGUGAAGUGUAAACGCCGUGGUCGACGGGCAACGCAUCACCUCCCAAAGGCAGCCUCCCAGGGAUACUCAGCCUGAUACUAGUCGGCAGUCCCCACGGUCCCAACGCCCAAUCCAAGUCUCGCAGCAAACCUGCUCAAGGACGAGGCGACGAUCGGAGUGGGGGACGACGCCAAGCCUCUCCUUAUUAAGCACAAAGGGCCAACCUUUUCACCGGCGGUGCGCUGGAUCGUGUCUGGACGCGCGGCGAGAACCUCCAGAGCAUGCAAUCAUGAUAGUAUGGCGCCAAUGUAUGCCCCUUCGGCGCUGGCGGGCGCUGCUCUUGUCUCCUCUUCUUCUACUCGUGUUGUAUUCUCUCCUCCCCUAUGACCACCCCGUGCGGCUCUCCGUCCGCUUCAACCUGAACGCCGCCGCCGCCGCCGUUCCCACGCCCUUCCCCGACCGCUGGUGGCUCGCCGACCAUCACGCCGCCUUCCCCGUCACGCUGCGCGACGAGGUCGCCGUCGUGGUCAAGUCCGGCUACGGCACUCAAGGUCGCAUUGCGCCGUGGCUGCAAGCGCACGAGGCGGCGGAUCUCGACAACCUGCUGCUCGUCGGAGAUUUCUCCACGCCACCCGGAGACCCCUACAGCUAUCAUGGCCAACCCGUCCAGGUGCACGACAUCGUGGCGCGAAUGCUGCACAACUCAUCUCUGCCCGCCAAUUUCGCGCACCCGCGACUGUCCAAGUAUGCCAAUCUGACUGGCGCCAUCGCCAGCGGAGACGCCGACACAGCCCGCGACCUCUCGAGGUCUUUCGGAUGGGAGCUUGAUGCUCUGAAGGUACGACUGUCUUUUGGACUUGGCGGCUCACGAUUGUCUCAAGAAGGAAACUGACCGUCGAUAGUUUAUUGCCGGCCUGGAGCUCCUUCCGUGCGGCGGUUGCUCGGACACCUGGACCCGACCGUGCCUUACUACAUCGGAAAUGCGGUAGGCGACUACAAAGGC